UCUCACUCGUGGAAGAACAGUGGUUGGAGCCGCUCUGGCUGAGCAUAGCUGAACAUCGAGUGGCGUUUUGGCCCGGUGUGGGUGAGGAUGUGCGUUGGAGGCUGAGCGCAGUUGUGCACUGCUGUUUUUAUGCUUUUGUUCUGAGAAUGAAGAAGUGAACCUCGUGUGAACAAAGUCAUGGCUGUCCAGACUGGCAUCCAGGUUUGGUUCGGCGAGAAGUUCGACGCUCCUUUGUUGAGCCCCAGGAGUCCUCGCAGCCCGUUAGCACAGCGGCACGGCCCCGGCCUCGCAGAUGUCUUCCAGUAUGACCAGUGGCUGGCCGUGCGCCAUGAAGCCACCUUGGUACCCAUGCAGGAAGACCUGGCCAUUUGGCUCUCUGGCAUGUUGGGAGUGGAGGUGAGAGCUGAGUUUUUCAUGGAGGAGCUAAAUAAUGGAGUGAAGCUCUGCCAGCUUAUCGGCGUGCUGCAAACCAAGAUUGCCCAGAGCUGCCCCUCAGUGCUCAGCAAGCUUUUUCCCACAAGAAAGGUUGCAUGUAAGCGGGAUGCCUCCCCCGGCUCCUUCUUUGCUCGUGAUAACACAGCCAACUUCCUGGCUUGGUGUCGGCACAUCGGAGUGGAGGAGACUUACCUGUUUGAGUCAGAAGGCCUUGUGCUGCAUAAAGAUCCUCGGCAGGUUUGUCUCUGUCUGCUGGAGAUCGGACGCAUCGUGUCUAAGUAUGGCGUGGAGCCUCCCGUGUUGGUGAAGCUGGAGAAGGAGAUCGAGUUGGAGGAGACUCUGUUACUGACUGAGGAGCCUCCUCCAGCCGUCAAAACCUUCAGCGUGUGCUGCCAGCAUGGCGGCCUCUAUCAGCCUGGGGAGCACAGCAUGGAUGACCCGCCCUGCAACUGCUCCAACAGAGUCUCCAUUGAGUACCUGUCUGAGGGGCGCUACAGACUCGGAGAUAAGACCAUCUUUAUUCGAAUGCUUCAUGGCAAACAUGUGAUGGUGCGUGUCGGCGGCGGCUGGGACACCCUACGUGGUUUUCUGACUAAGUACGACCCGCUCCGAGUGCUGCAGUUUACCACUCUGGAGCAGAAGAUCCUGGCUUUUCAAAAGGGACCCCCUGGUCUGGGGGGUCACCAUGGCAACGCAGCUCCACCCUCUCCUCCUGACAUGGACCCCCUUGCUGCUGUCAAUGAUCUCAUCUCCUCCUCCUCAUCUUCCUCCUCCAGUUCAUCAUCUUCAUCAGGGUCGGGGUGUAAGCCGACGUCUGGGUCUUCUGCAAGUCAAACAUGCCGCUCAUACACUCCCUCCCCAGCAUGCACGCCCACCAUGCCAAGAAAAGGUUCUGCUUCAGCACCAAAGAAGAACCUCCAGACGACACAAUCCUCUCCCAGGAAGCCCACCCAGCUCCCGCUUCCCGUCACCACCAAAGGUUCCUCCUCUCUGCCCUCCACACCUGUGGGCAGCUCCUGCAGGCAGUCUCCUAGCACGCCAUGUCAGGGCUUUCAGGUGCAGCGCAGAGCUCUAACUCCAUCAGCAGCUCCAUCAACCACUCCUCUGGACCAGAAUCCCACCUCCAAACAGAAGCUCAGACCGCACGGUGCCGCCUUACAGCCCAGGAGUCCUGUCUGUCCUGAGCCAUCCUCUAAAUGCCACAAAGCCUCCAGCCCCUGUACUUCCCCCACCGCUUCCUCCAUACCUCACCCCAUCACUGCACCGGGACUAUCGGAGCCCUCUAAAGAUGCCCGGCCCCCAACAGGCGCCACCCAGCGCUCUCGGCUCGCACAGCGCCGCCCGGGCUCCCCAGCCUCGCGCCUCCGUCUAGAAGCAGCCAGGCGGGCAAGGACGGCGUCAAGGGCAGCAACAGCCACCAUGGUGACUUCAAAGUCCCGGACGCCCACCCCCAGCUCACGGACAGCAUCCCCAGCACUGACGAACCCUGCCGGCUCCCUGCCAAAGAGCAAGGAGACCACGGCCAAAAGUAAGGUGCCAACACCAACAAAAGCUUUCGCCACCACUACACGGAGCGCCACCCUCGCCCCCGGGCAGGUCCCAGCGGGCAACGCAGGCUCCUCAUCCAACAAAACCAGUCAGAAAACCCCGGCCAUGGCACAGAGGAUGGGACGGAAACAAGCAGCCACUAACCCCAUCAACACAAAGUUGACCCUGAAACCAGAACCGACUCAAAUCCCUGUUCCACAGAAAAGCAACAUCAAAGCUGUGGAAACCAAGCCCAUCGCAGUGAAGAAGACCCCGCUGAACAAGGGCAGAAGUGAAGACCCGUACUUUGAAAUGAACAAUAAAAGGAAGCAGAAGACGUAACAGCGCGAUCUGCUGGCCGAACCCAGCAGGCUGCUGAGUCUCGGCCUCGUGUCCAACUCAUGGAGCUGAGAUCACUAAUCCUCAUGAAGUCUUUUGUCAUUGUUGUUUUGUGUAAUUUUAUUUGUUUUUGUUUUUUUUUUAAGUUAUUUAAUAGUCUUGUUGUUUUUGUUUUAAUUGGGUGGGGUCAGAGAUGUUUUGUUUUUGUUGUAAUUUGGUGGUCUCUUUAGAGAUCUUCACAUUAAUAAAUCUGCAACUUGCACAUUUGUUUUUCACCUCUUUGACACGGACAGCAGCUACAUGGUCUGUCCUGAGUUUUAAACCAUAAAGUUUAGUUCUGGACAAUGUUCACAUAUUAACCCCAGCAGCUUCUGGCCUGUUCUCUCCAGCAGGUUACCAAAGUUGAACUGGAACACAAAUCAUGCAGUGACAUCCCACUUUGCACUGGUGAAAACUUACCACUGGUGAAAAUGGAUUUUUGUGUAAAGGAUCUUUCAGUGGGAGGCGUUGUCGCUGUGAACAGUCCUCCUGUCGUGUGCCUUCGUCAGAAAGCCCUCCUUUCUGAGCGGCAUUGGAAUGUAUUAGAUGAUCGAGGUUUAAAUGGUUGUUACAGAUGAAAAUUGCACGGUGUGUACGAGCACUCGUUCUCAGAGAAACUACUGAUCAAACGCCUCUUUUUCUCUGAGAAAAGAAAACACCCAAGGCCAACUUCAUUUUGCAGCAGAAUAUUCUUGGUAUAAACUUGUUUUAUAUGGUUUCUAACUUUAUUUUUUGUUUUUGUGCGUAUUAAAAAUCUAGUUUUCUAUGUGGUGGGUAUGUGUGUAUAUAUAAAGAAUAUUAAGCUUUUUUUUUUUUUUUUUUUUCCUUUUGUUGGCACUUUACAGAAAUCUUUGUCACGGUUUGAAUGUGGAUUAUGUUGACUGUCCCUUGUACCAGCUACCUUUGUCAUCUUGAUUAAUAAAUGGGCAAGUGGUUUUAAAAUCA